AUGGCAGUGGGGCAGGGGAUGAAACCAUGUAUUGAUAAAGAUCUUCAAAAGCAUUUUUUCAAAGCUCCUCAGCAAACUGAACAUCUAGGAAAAAGUAAUUUAACAAGGAAUCCUGUCCGUCUUUUUUUUUUUUUCCCUUUGCAGACAGAUGUAAUUGUUAAUUCUGUAAAUCCACUCUGUGGUCUUAGAUAUGGACCUGUGUCAAUAUCAAUCCUACAACAAGCAGGAGAUGAAAUAGAAUUGGAAUUUGAUAAAAAAGUUACUGAGAUACAAGAUUCUCAGUUCGUAGUGGUCACAAAAGGAUUUAAAUUGCCCUGUCAAUACGUGUACCAUGUGUUGUGGGAUUCAAGAUGUUGCAAACAGACUAAGACACUGAGAAUUGCAGUGAGGGAAUGUUUGGAGAAAUGCCUUGAACUAAAUAAAACUUCUAUUUCCUUUCCUGCCCUUGGGACUGGAAACAUUGGUAUACAGAGCAGUAUAGCAGCCGAGAUUAUGUUUGAUGAAGUUUUAACUUUUGCCAAAUGCCAUUUGAAAGAACAAUUAACUGUAAAGUUUGUGAUCUUUCCAGAAGAACUGGAGACAUAUAUGGUAAUUUUGUGUUACUCAUUUUUAGGACAAUGGACUGAUUGGCAACCCCAAAACCAGGAUGAAAUGAAAAGGAAUACAUUUCUGAGAUGCCUAAAGCUUUCAGCGGAGGAAAUUCAGGAUCAGAAGAAACAGUUUGAAAACUGUGGUUUGCAGGUUAUAAAGGUGGAGAAAAUAGACAACGCGGUUCUCAUGGCUGUCUUCCAAAAAAAGAAGAAAAUGAUGGAAGGGAGAACACAUGGGAAGCCUGUGAGCCACAGGCUGUUUCAGCAAAUUCCCUACCAGUUCUGUGAAGCGGUAUGCAGAGUUGGCUUUCAAAGAAUGUACUCGGCGCCCCGCGACCCAAAAUACGGAGUUGGUAUAUACUUCACCAAGAACCUGAAAAACCUAGCAUACCAGGUCAAGAAAACAUCAGCCAUAGAUGAACUGAUAUAUGUGUUUGACGCUGAAGUACUCACAGGCUCCUUCUGUCAGGGUCAUCAGUUACAUAUCGUUCCCCCACCAUUGAGUCCUGGAGACACAGAUUGCCAUGACAGUGUGGUUGACAAUGUCUCCAGCCCUGAAACCUUUGUUAUUUUUAGUAACACUCAGGCAAUGCCCCAGUAUUUGUGGACUUGCACCCAGAAUCAUGUACAGCCACAGAAUUACUCAUCAGGACCAAGGAUGCUGUCUUCACAGAAUCCUUGGAGCAAGAUUCUCAAGGGGUAGCACUGUUGAUUUACCUCCACAUUAUUUUAACAACCAGCAUGUGCUUGCUUUGGAGGAAGUCUCCAAAUAAUGACCAUCAGUGAGUCAAAGAGUGGUUUGAAUAUGUCAGAUGGGUUGUCCAUAUGAACCGAUUGGGUUAUUGAGGGGACCCACCACAAACUAGCAUCUUAGUUCUUUCAUCUUUGUCUUCACUUCUUGGGAUCAGGACCGUUCCCUCUCCUUCAAGUUGUCCUUUUGUCUGUUUUACUACAGGUAACAGCAGAAAUGUUUUAUAUGUGAUGGGGUGUUUCUAGUAUAUAAUCCAAGCCUUUUUAUUUUUCUAAAAUGAUAGUGUAACAGCAGGAUGAUUUUAUAUUUUCCAGAGAAUCUUGUAUAGUGUUUUAGAUAUCAAAAUAAACCACCUUUGUCUGAA